UGAAAUCUAACCGUAUGUUACAUUUGCUAGUCUCUUCAGGAGCUGCUCAAUGUGGAGUAAUUUUUGCUAAAUGCAAGGUGAUAUAUUCACUUACACUUGGAGUCAGGUAGAGUGAUUUUUCGACAAUGCUUAUAAAAUAUGUCAUAUCAAUGAGAAUAACUAUUUGUAUCAAAAGAUGGCUUGAACAUGGCUUGAACAGGUGUGAUCUAGUUGAUACAUGCAAGGAAGGACACAUUUAAUUAAUUAAACGUGAAUUGAACUUCAGAAGAACUUCCGAACUCUAUACAGGUUGUACGAAAGUGUUAAUUAACAAGUAAGAAUAAAAGAUUAAUUGAUUCAUUAUGACUAUUGAUUUCUACUACCUUCCUGGAUCUGCUCCAUGCAGAUCAGUCGCUCUAACUGCAAAAGCUUUGGGUUUGGAACUCAACUUUAAACUGACGGACUUGAUGGCUGGCGAAAAUCUUACCCCAGGGUUUAUCAAGUUGAAUCCACAACACACAAUUCCAACUAUCGAUGACAACGGGUUCUCUUUAUGGGAAAGUCGUGCCAUUAUGACUUAUUUGGUGAACGCAUACGGAAAAGACGAUUCCUUGUACCCGAAAGAUCCAAAGAAGAGGGCAAUAGUCGAUCAGCGACUGUACUUUGAUAUUGGUACCUUAUAUGGGAGGUUUGCUGAUUAUUAUUAUCCUAUCAUCUUUGCCGGUGCUUCUAAAGAUGCUGCCAAGAUGGAGAAAAUUAAUGAUGCCAUGAAGUUCUUGGAUAUUUUCCUGGAAGGACAAAAAUUUGUCGCUGGUGAUCAACUAACUGUAGCAGAUUUGGCUAUUGUUGCUACAAUUUCUACUUAUGAAGUUGUCGGUUAUGAUCUAGCCCCUUAUAAGAACAUUACUAAGUGGUUUAAUAAUAUCAAGCAGACAGCUCCUGGAUAUAAGGAAGCCAACGAAGAUGGGUGUCAGGCCUUCAAAGCUAUGGUGGAUAAUUUGACCAAAAAGUAGGAUUUUUGGUCACAUACACAUGCACAUUCGCAGUAUUUUUAUGUUUAUGUUAUUAUUAAGUACUGUUGAUCAUUACUGAUCUGUGUAUCUCAUUUUUAUACCCUUUAUAAUACAAGAGUAUAUAAAUAGAAAACUAUUUCUUAUGUAUUUGAAUAAACGUUUUAAAAUUA